AACAACAAAAACCCUCCCCUCCCAUUCCGCCUCCUGUUGCUUCGAACUAUGGCAGCAGCAGCUGCCGGUGCUGCAUCGGCCGCCGCUGCGCCAGCUACGCAUCACGCCGUCCACCCCAUGAACGCCCUCCGCUCCGCCGCCCUCCGCCGCUCCACCCUCCGUUGGGACGCUGCCGCGGCCUUCUUCUCCCCGCCCUUCCGCUCACGCCGCUGCCACCGACGUGUCUUGCUCCCUCCUGUUGCGGCGCUGCCCGCGAAGUCCCGCUCCAGGGCCAAGGCCAAGCUCCUGGCGGACGCGGGGGCUGUGGACCCCUGGCUCGCCUCCCUCUCCCUGCUCCCCGCCGACGGCAGCGACGCCGCCGCCGCCCCCGCCCCCACCGGCUGGGCGAUUGGGAUCGAUCCAGACACUCGCGGCGCCAUCGCCGUUCUCUCACCCGACGGCUCCUCUCAGGUGUUCGAUAACCCGUUCGUGAACAUAAUGGUGUCGGAGCUCACCCGGAAGCGCCUAGACACCAGGUCCAUCAUACAGCUUCUCCGUGGCCUUGAUGCGCCUCCAGGAACUACAGCAUUUAUUGAAAAGUCAAGUCCAUUUCCAACUGAUGGAAAGCUGGGAUGGUGGAGUACAGGUUUUUCGUAUGGCUUGUGGAUUGCUGCUCUAGUGGCAUCUGAGUUUUCUGUUGUACCGGUUGCAUCACAGACAUGGAAAUCGUACUUUGGGCUAACUCGAAGUGCAUCACCUAAGGACGAUAGCAGACGAGCUGCAACAAUCUUGUUCCCGGAUAAGGCUCUGUCCCUCAAGUUGAAGAAACAUCACGGGCGAGCAGAGGCUCUUCUGUUAGCGGCCUAUGGAAAAGGACUCGUGCUACCAUCAGAGAAGUUCAGCAAAACACAAAGAGUGCUGAAGCAAGAAACCAACUUGGCAUUGACAGGGAUGCCUGAUUGAAUCGUCAGUAAUUAUUAGUUGGUAUUGACAAUUGCUGUAAAUAAUUUGGUUAUUCACAGGAGCCCUAUCAUGUACUACCUCCAUAUCAAAAUAUAAGACGUUUUUGCAGUUCAAAUUGAAGUACAAAAACGUCUUCUAUUUUGGUACAGAUGUAAUACAUAGUAACUCGAGAGAGAUCUUAAGUUCUUAACUCACUUCACGGAGGCAUUAUUGAUCUACCGUAGAGUUUAACAAGCUAGUGUACAUUGACCAUGAAUAUUGUUAACUUUUGGCGGCUGAGAAGUGAGACAAUUGUACUGAUUUAAUUGAUGUGAUCAAUUUUGCACAUC